AUGUCUUCGGAAGAUGAUUUUAUGUCUGGAAUGUCCAGCGACGAAGAUGACGUGCUCCAAGAGAGCGAGAAUGAGGAAGGAUCCGCAGAUGAUUUCGGGUUUGACGAGCCAGAGCCAGAUCUAGGCUUCUCACAAAAGGAAGACGUGCAGAAAAAGAAGAAAAUUUUUGAUGUCAACUUCAAGGUCUAUCAACCAAAAGAUAUUCAAGCCCAGCAAGAUGACCUCAUUGAUGAGGUGAACAUGAUUCUCGAUAUUCGAAAAGAAGACGCGGCGAUAUUACUACGACAUUUUCGAUGGAACAAGGAACGCUUGAUAGAAGAUUACAUGGAUCGUCCGAAAAGGGUACUGGAGGCUGCGGGCCUGGGCACAAAUGUUGCUGGCCCUCCAAAGCUUGAAGUCAUACCUGGUUUCUGCUGCGACAUUUGCUGCGAGGAUGAGCCUGGUCUCAAAUCCUUUGCCAUGAAAUGUGGUCACCGUUUUUGCGUAACAUGUUACAACCAGUAUCUGGCUCAGAAGAUUAAGGAGGAGGGUGAAGCUGCUCGUAUACAAUGUCCAGCGGAAGGUUGUAAACGAAUCAUUGACGCAAAAUCCUUGGAUCUUCUAGUCACAGCGGACCUUCAGCAAAGGUACCACGAAUUACUCACACGAACCUAUGUCGAGGACAAGGAACAUCUGAAAUGGUGCCCCGCACCCGACUGCCAGAACGCUAUCGAAUGUGGGAUCAAGAAGAAGGAUCUGGAUAGAGUGGUUCCUACCGUUGUUUGUGAUUGUAAACAUCGUUUCUGUUUCGGAUGCAUUUUAUCGGACCAUCAGCCUGCUCCUUGCGAACUGGUGAAGAGGUGGCUGAAGAAAUGUGCAGACGACUCGGAGACGGCAAACUGGAUAUCUGCUAAUACCAAGGAAUGCCCUAAGUGCAACUCGACGAUCGAGAAAAACGGAGGUUGCAAUCAUAUGACCUGCAGGAAGUGCAAGCACGAAUUUUGCUGGAUGUGUAUGGGUCUUUGGUCGGAGCAUGGCACAAGCUGGUACAAUUGCAAUAGAUUCGAAGAGAAGAGCGGAUCAGAAGCUCGUGAUGCACAAGCCAAAUCUCGAGUCUCUUUAGAGCGGUAUCUCCACUAUUACAAUCGAUAUGCCAACCACGAGCAAUCAGCGAAGCUAGAUAAAGACAUUUACAACAAAACAGAAAGAAAAAUGACUCAGUUGCAAUCUGCCUCGGGAAUGUCUUGGAUCGAGGUUCAAUAUUUGAACUCUGCAUCACAAGCCCUGCAGACUUGCCGUCAAACUCUCAAAUGGACUUACGCCUUCGCAUUUUAUUUGGCUCGCAAUAACCUAACGGAGAUGUUUGAGGACAAUCAAAAGGACCUCGAGAUGGCAGUCGAAGCUUUGUCAGAAAUGUUCGAAAAGAACGUACAGGAGCUUGCCGAACCCAAGUUGAAGGUUGAAAUUAUGGACAAAACUUCGUACUGCAAUAAAAGACGAGUCAUAUUGCUCGCAGAUACCGCCGACAACCUUGCAAAUGGAGUUUGGUCAUGGGGAAUCGACUUUUAA